AUGACCACUAAAGAGACGCUUUGCAAGCUCAUUGUGCGCAACAUUCACACUUUGGAACUGUUGGAGAGACAGUUUACAAGUUCUGCAAAGGACUCGAGCGACUCUGAAACGAGCACAUCCAAUGACCAGUCAACCAAUUCCAGCGACGCGGAAACGAGCGCAUCCAGUGACCAAUCAACCGAUUCCAGCGAUGCGGAAAUCAGGCUGUUCGUGGAUCCAUCAGCUGAACACUUGAUGGCCAAACUCGAAGAAGAAGACCAAUCCUUUUAG